AUGGAAAACACGGAGAAAUACCACGGCGCCGCUGCGGUUGAGCCAAUCAACCAAGAUUCCAGCAGUGACAGCACCGACGAGAAGACAGGGACUGCCGAGGACCGUGCCGAUAUGUUCCGCAUGGGCAAGGUCCAGGAGCUCAGGCGAAAUUUCCGUUUUACAUCAAUUUUGGCGUUUACUAUGAUUUUGGUGGCGUCCUGGGAAUGUACACUGGUACUUGCCAGCAUCAGUCUGGUGAAUGGUGGAACUGCUGGUUAUAUAUGGAUCUUCUUCAUAUCCUGGAUGGGAUUCAUACUUGUCAAUCUUUCAAUGGCGGAAAUGGCGUCUAUGGCUCCAACAACUGGCGGACAGUACCACUGGAUAUCUGAAUUUUCUCCGCGAAAAUAUCAGAAAUUUCUCAGUUACCUGAUGGGUUGGCUCUGCGUUCUAGGCUGGCAGACAGGAUGCGCCAGCACUUCCUUCAUGGUAGGAACAAUGGUGCAGGGUCUAAUUGCACUCAAUCAUCCGGACACGUACGUACACGAGGGGUGGCAUGGCACGCUACUCACAAUAGCCGCUGCUGCCUUUGCGGCAUUCUUCAAUACCUUCCUCGCGAGACACCUCCCAGCUAUCGAGUCCGGUCUGUUGGUGAUCCAUGUCUUCGCCUUCUUUGGCAUUCUUGCGACACUCUGGGCUAUGUCACCGAUAGCCGAUGCAGCUGUGUUCACUCAAUUCAACGAUGGUGGAGGCUGGGGUAGUCUUGGUGUGAGCACUCUUGCAGGGAUCACAUCAGGUGUCCUGCCUCUGCUGGGUGCUGAUGCUGCGGCGCAUAUGUCUGAAGAACUACAAAGCGCCAGCAAAACCAUCCCCCGUUCUAUGAUUCUCUCGACGGUGGUCAACGGACUCCUAGGUUGGAUCAUGGUCAUUACCUUUGCCUUUUGUCUCGGGAAUGUCGACGAUAUACUGGCAUCGCCAACAGGCUAUCCAUUCAUGGCUGUAUUCUACAACUCUACCAAGUCGACGGCUUCAGCGACGAUCAUGUCUGUUUUCAUUCUGAUAAUGAUAGCAGCCUCCAACCUAUCUGUCGUAGCCACGGCCUCGAGGCAGCUCUUUGCCUUCGCUAGGGACGAAGGCCUACCCUUCCCCACGUGGUUCGCAAGAGUAUCUCGCAAUGAUCUCCCGAUGAACGCGAUCGUGGUGACGUUUAUCACGUCUACGCUGCUGUCUUUCAUCAACAUUGGCUCGGCCACGGCUCUCAACUCCAUCACGUCUCUUUGCACAAAUGCCCUGCUCUCGAGCUAUAUCUGCUCUAUAGGUUGCAUGAUCUGGCGCCGUUGGACUGGCGCCCCUCUGCUUCCAAGCCAUUUUAGUCUUGGCCGCUGGGGACUGGCCAUCAAUAUUGCUUCGGAGGUCUUCUUGAUCUUCUCGUUCAUAUUUGCCUUCUUCCCUGUGUCGCCAAGUCCUGAUGCAGCAAUCAUGAAUUGGAACAUCCUCAUGUACGGUGUGGUGAUUAUCGGGUCGGUUUUGUAUUACUUCUUGAAGGGGCGACAUCACUACGUGGGCCCCGUCGAGUAUGUGAGAAAGUUGGAUUGA